UCAGUUUUUCCCCCAGGAAAGCAACGCCUUCGCGCGCGCGCGCUCCACCGAAUUUUUACAUUCAAAAUACAUGCAGCAAUCGCCGGAAAAUUGCGCGAUGGUGACCGACGCAAAUAGGUUACCACCGGCGCCGGAGGAAGAAAUUACAAACACGGCGACAUCAGUAAGGGCAAUGGAAGAGUUAUUCAAGUAUCGGUUUAAGAACACGAAGCUUCUAGAAGAAGCUCUUACUCACUCUUCUAAUAAUUAUUACCAGCGGCUCGCCUUCGUCCGCGACGCCGCUCUCUGUUUAGUUAUUUCGAGUUGUUUGUUCGUGACUUACCCUGACGUUGACUGUGGUAAGCUUACUGACCUCCGCGCUGUCAAUAAGUUGCUAAAGUUGCCCUCCGGCACGGCCUCUACAAGUACCUCCGCAGCGAUUCGGCAAUCCUCGAUGAAAAGAGUAGGGAAAGAGAUAGGUCCUGCUCAUGGUGGGAGGUUUAUAUGCUCUGUGCAAAUUGCAAUUGCUGAAGGCAUGCUUUUUGGGAUGGGAGACGAGAAGUCACGAGUAAAAGAUGCAGAGAAUUCAGCAGCUUUAACAAUGAUCCGGAGUUGCAGGAAUCCAAGUUCAGUUGAUUUAUACAUAGUUCCACGUUCCAAUUCCAGGACAAAGCAGAUAGCAAGGGACGUGCAACUUGGAAGUAAAGCUUACUCAGGUUCUCUCUCGAUUAGUGCAAUAAUCAUCUUUGGUUGCUGCAAAGUGAAUAUUUAAUACAAUGUUAUAGCCCCACUUAAGAAGAUAGAUAGCAGAAGAGAUACUACGUGAUAGUGUUAGAGAUUCCAGGACCUAUGUCAUAGCAGACUGAGCUCUGGCCAAUUCAGAUUAGAAUGUUGCCAUGAAGCUCUUUAUAUAAAUACCAUAUUAGAAAAUUAUCCUUGGGCCUAAAGCAACCCUAGAAGCUAGCU